AUGCACGCGAAUGGCUACGCGCGCAACGCCUCGGUCGAGCUGUACUGCUUCUGCGUCGUCGCUCUGGGUCUGAUCCUGUACGGCUACCCGGUGGGUGUUACGAACGUCAUGCUCACCUCGCCCGCGCAAUUCCAGCGCGACGCCGGAUUCGAGGGCGACGUCGAGACGCUGGGAAUGCUGGUCAGCGCCAACAGCGCCGGCGCGCUGAUCGGGUGCGCGCUGACGCUGGUGCCGACGCGCGGCGUCGCGGCGGCGGACGCGCUGGGACGAGUGGCGCUCGUCAAACUCGGCGCGGGAUGUUACGCCGCGGCGUCGCUCGCCAUGGCGCUCACGCCGAUGAAAUUGAACGAAAUAUUCGGCAGUCGCGCGGUGAUACGUUGGUUCGCGGCGUGCCGGUUGUUGUACGGGAUCGGGAUGACGCUGACGUACGGCGGCGCGGCGGUGUACGUGGCGGAGUUGAUGUCGCAGCAAACGCGCGGGUAUUACUUGCCGAUGAUGAGCGUGAUGACGAUGACGGGGGAUUUGCUCGGGAAUUUCGUGGGGAUGCCGUUGGAGCGCGCGGCGGGAGGAUGGCGCGUGCUCGCGGCGUUGCCGGUGCCGGUGGCGUUGGGGUUUUACGCGUACGCGCGCAAGCUGCCGGAUUCGCCGCGGUGGGAAGUGUUGAACGCGACGAACGCGGCGCAGCGCGAGGGAGAGGCGAGAAGGAGGGCGGCGGCGGAGAAGAAACGCGGAAAGCGUGGGUUGUUUGGACGCGGCCGCGAUUCGAACGCGCCGUCGGAUUCGGAGAGCGAGAACGAACCGUCGUGGACCGCGCGAGACGUCGACUUGACGGCGGCGCGGCGGUCGCUGGGGAUUUUACGAAAUGAAUCCGCCAAGGCGUCUUUUUCCGUCACCGACGCGUGCGUACGUCGAUCGAGAUCCGGCGGCGCGGGAGGUUUGCUCGCGCCGCCCAACCCCGACGCGCAGAGUAAACAAAUGAAGAAGGAGAUUGAACAGGAGCUCGCGGAAAUCAUCGACGUCGUAAAAACUGGUUCGAAGAACGGGCGCGAUUGCGCUUCGGCGGUGAACACCGACGCGAGUAAGCGCGCGAUGACCGUGGCGUUUGGUUUAUCCAUCAUGUCGAUGUUGAGCGGCGUUCCGGCGAUGAGUUACUUCACCAAACACAUCUUCGAGAUGACGGGGCACACGCCCACGGCGGCGAGCGGGAUGACGACGGCGCUUGCCUUGUGCAAGCUCAUCGUCACAAUCUUCGUCGCGAUGUCCCUUGAAACUUUUGGACGACGACGAAUGCUACUCAUCGGUAUAUCCAUUCAGGGCGUCGCGAUGACGCUCUUGGCGUUUCUCUUCGACGGCGUCACGUGGAUCGAGGACCCGCGACACGCCGUGUCGUUUCAGCUCUUGAACGGAUCCAUCGCACAAGUCGCCGACGUCGCGAUUUUCGUCAACGCCGUCGGGUUUCAUCUCAGUUUUUGGGCACUCGCGUGGACGGUGGCGAACGAAUUGAGCCCGCUGCGCACGCGAGCCACCAUCAUGGCCAUCAACUCGAUGUUUUCCUGGACGCUCAGCACGGUGACGGUUCGCUUCCUCCCGGUGAUGAUGAAAUCUCCGGGAAUUUCCGCCACCUUUGGCUUUUGCGCCGUCAACCUCUAUGCGACGAUCAUUUUCGUCUACUUGUACGUCCCGGAAACCAAAGGACGGACGCUCGAAGAGCUGGAAAUCGUCAUGACCAAGUCUUCGAGCCUUCGCGACGUCGUGCGUCGCUUGAAUCGACCCGACGAAGACGACGAUUUGAAACCGCUCGCCGGCGCGCUUUGA